CAAACAACCAAACAGUGUUCAGUCAGUUAGUUCUAUGCUAAGGAUUCGGUCGUGCCGUCGUAGGGUUUCCGGUACGCUCAACUUGCGUAUAUUUUAUAUUUUUCGUGAUUUGCUCGAUGGAGUAGUGACUUUUUGGAUAUGAUAACUACAAAUUAAUUAGUGAUUUUCAUUAUUUAUGUGCUCAACAAGCAGUAUGGCUGCAAGCAAAAGUCGCCAUUGGUGAAAAAGAUGAACUGUGCAGACAACUACCAAGAAUUGCUGCUCUAUCUUGAAAAAGCAGAGGUCCCAGCUGAGCACACCCAAUCAGAAACUACAGCUACGGGGGGUGAUAUAAAUGCAGCUCUCGCAACAAAUGUCCUGCCUCUCAAGAAAGCGCCAGUGAAUGGGCUUGCCAAGAUCGAUGAGGAAAAUUACGCAAAGAAAGCCUUAGAAGACGGUUCAUUGUCACCGAACUCUGAUCCUGAAGACAUAGAACUAAAUCUUCAAAUAUUAUUGAAAAUCGACGAAGCGAUCCGUUCUGAUCUAUCCGAGCUGUUGGCCAGCCAUAAUUUGAAUGACCUGAAUCAAAGCGAACUGUCGAACUACCGGUUCUGCAAAAAUAGUUCUUCGUUUGAUGGGUACAAAGAAUUGAACGGGUUCCAGCAGGAUGAUUCCGGCGUUAGCGCAAAUGGGUUCCACUUGGAUGACGAGGAAAGAAGUUUCAUUGAGAUGGAUGCAUUGUCUGAUUUGGGAUCUCAUUCACCGUCUACGGUCAGUGGAGUUAACGUGGCAACUCAAACCUCUCCUUCGCCUUCUGCUAGUUCCACUAACCUGACGUGGGCGUCCAGCUCUCCAGGGUCGGACACCGAAUCUUCAGAGGGGAGUGAUCCAUGGGCCACCGGCUGUUCAAAAAGGAAACUCACUAGUGGAAAAUCCAGCUCUGCCCCUGUACUGGAAAAAGUAUCACCUUCUUUGCAAGUGAGCAGGCAAUCCCGAUCACAGUCCGACAGACAUUUAGCCGAAAUCGAAGCUGCUGAAGCGUGCAAAUGGCUACGUGCAACUGGAUUUCCUCAAUAUGCACAGAUGUACGAAGACAUGCAGUUUCCAAUCGAUAUAAAUCAAGCUGCGCAAGAUCAUCCAUUCUUAGAAAACGACGUGUUACAUUCCCUGUUCCGUCGACUAAAGAUACUAAACAGCUGUGCGCAUCUUCACCAACAGCGCGUUACACAUACAGAUGAAUCUGAUGAUGAAUACUGCGCGCUGAGUGAGAACUGGACGUACCAGAGCGACGUACGCAGAUGGUCUAGGACCUGCAUAAAAGGGCCUAUUCCUAAUCUUGAAGAGAUCGGCCAGCGUUUCGAGAGUAGUAGCGUGAACAGUAAUGAUAAGGACGAUGUAUUUGAGAAAUGCACGCAGUCACCUAAGGAAAGAUUGAGAAGAGCAGGUUCCACCAAAUUUAGACGGCGCAGGGAAGGCGUAUGCUUUAGUGAAAGAGAAGCUCUGGACUCGGUUUCUCGGGUAGGGAGCAUUAAAACUCUAGAACUGAAUCACAUAUCGGACUCGGAAGUAACUCCGAAGCAUCAAAGGAAAGCUAGAACGAAGAGUUUUGAUAAGACGGAAACCUGGGCUCAUCCCGUCGAUCCAGUUGAAAGACUUGUAUGGCAGAAGUUACCAGAGAGUGAUUCUGCACAACCGGAAGAUACAGACGAGAUAAAUAGUCAAACCGGAUCACGGAUAUCUAUCUACAAUUUAUCAGCUACCCAAUUACAGGUGCUACGCAAGCUGGCUUUACUCAAGCUAACUGCUCAUAUGGAGAAGUACUGUCCAUCCCAUAGAACGGGCUGGAACUGGGAUCUACCCAAGUUCAUCCGGAAAAUGAAAGCUCCCGUGUAUAAAGACAAAAAUGUGUUUGGCUUACCUCUAACAAUAACAUUGCAAAGAACGGGCCAAGUACUACCAAGAAACAUUGAAGAGGCGUUGCGUUGGUUGCAGCUAAACGCCGCCGAUCAAGUCGGCAUUUUUCGAAAACCCGGUGUCAAAUCAAGGAUUCAGACAUUGAGAAAUCUGGUAGAGACUAAUAUCUGCGUGGACUAUACAGAUCAGCAAUCAUAUGAUGUUGCUGACAUGGUCAAGCAGUACUUUCGUGAUCUUCCAGAGACCUUGUUGACCAACAAGCUGUCUGAAACGUUUAUUUUGAUUUUCCAACAUGUGCCAGUUUACUUGCGUCGCGAAUCCGUUUUAUGUGGCCUGCUGUUGAUGCCUGAUGAGCAUCUGGAAGUUCUUCAAGCUCUACUUCAUUUCCUUCUGUCUGUUUCCAAGCAUUCAGAAAUCAACCAGAUGAACGAAAGUAACUUAGCUAUGUGCUUCGCACCGUCUUUGUUCCACUACUCGCAAGCAUGCAAGCAAAAUAUUGGAUCACCACACCCGAAAGAAUUGGCGGAAAACAAGGCGGGAUAUGAUUGUUUGUAUUAUUUCUUGAAGAACUUCAACACCCUGUUUAAGAUACCUGAGGAUUUCAUAAAACAAUGCAAGUCUAGUGAAAUCAAAGAAACAAAAGCGAAACUCCUGUGCGACUUGGGUUCUGAUAUGGGGGGUUGGAGGAAGUAUCUGAACGAAUGCCAGGCAAAUUUGUUGAGAGAGGCAAAAGAUCGACAACGUGGUUGGGUCAGUAUAGCUAGUCAUUAUCAGCGUGUUGAGAUUGCUUUCAAAAAAGUGGCGGAUGGUAUUCCGCUAAGGCUUUGGAAGGUCAGUGCUGAAAUCGAAGCGCCACCAUCGGAAGUUCUGCAUAGAAUCCUUAGAGAACGGCAUGUUUGGGAUCCAGAGCUGCGUUCAGCUAAAAUCGUUGCUCAAUUAGAGUCUCGGAGUGAAGUUUUUCAAUUUACCCGGGGGAGUAUUGCCCCUCGGCCUAUGGAAGAAUAUUGUGUUGUGCGUACUUGGCGUACCGAUCUUGCCAGAAAUGCAUGUUUACUUAUAGAGACUUCGGUAGAGCAUCCCGAUGCUAUCCCGAUUCCAAACUCUACUAGAGGGUUAGUAUUAGCAUCCAGGUAUUUAGUAGAGCCUUGUGGAUCUGGAAAAUCUCGAUUGCUCCACUUGGCUCGCGUUGAUACAAUGGGCCGGUCGCCAGACUGGUACCAGAAGCAUUUCGGCCAUCUUCAAGCAUUUCUUUUAGCUAAUAUACAGAGUUCGUUUUCUGGAUAUCAAAACACACUGGGACCAGAAAGCAAAGUUUAAAAUACACAUAACCAAAGAAUGUACAUACCUGUUAAUCAGUAGAUGAAUAUUUCAUAUAUUUUUGUAAGCCGGAUUUAUUUUAGUUUUCCUAUACCCACUAUAAGAACUUUGGUACAAAUUAAGCAUCACGAAAUUAAGAAUUUAAUAUACUUAAGAGCAGGAAGGAAAUAUUUUUAGCGAAAAUACAUGUUACCAUUUUUCGUUGGAAAAAUAUAUUUUUAAUAGUGAUAUUUUUAUAAUUUGCAUCUUUUAUUGUUCACAAAGUAUCUGCUUGUCAUGUGCCAUGCUAGUCAUUCAAUAUGUUCUUAUUCGAAUAAAAUAUUAUUUAGCUUAAAUAACCUUAUUUUAAGAACAGAUAUCAAUUUGUACGGGCCAGUAUUCAAUGGAAAAUUGUAUAUUAUUCAUAUAAUAGAACAUCUAAAAUUAAUCAAAA